CAUAGUAUUACCGGACGGUGAAGUAACUCCUCAUGAAAUCAUUAGCAAUCCGCGAUUUUAUCCCUAUUUCAAAGAUUGUUUAGGAGCAAUAGAUGGAACCCAUAUUCGUGCAUCCGUGCCAAUUAAUAUGCAAGGAAGUUUUCGCGGACGUAAGGGUGGAACAACACAAAAUGUAUUUGCUGCCGUCACUUUUGAUUUGCGAUUUUGUUAUGUGCUAGCUGGGUGGGAAGGUAGUGCACAUGAUUCUCGAGUCUUGAACGAUGCACUCACACGUCCAAAUAAAUUUAAAAUUCCAGAAGGGAAAUAUUAUCUUGGUGAUGCUGGAUAUGGCAUACGGAAUGGAAUACUUACUCCAUACCGUGGUGUUAGAUACCAUUUGAAAGAGUUUAGUGCUCAUCGUCCUGAGAAUAAGAAAGAACUUUUCAAUCUUCGUCAUUCGUCCUUACGUACAUCUAUUGAGAGAGUGUUUGGAAUUUUGAAGAAACGGUUCCGUGUGUUAGAUGCUGAACCUUUUUGGGAUUACCAGACACAAGUGGAUAUAGUUUUAGCUUGUUGUAUAAUUCAUAACCAUAUUAUGGGAGUUGGUCCUAAUGAUGAGCUUAAUCAAGCAACAGUUGAUGUUGAUGACGAUAACUUCUUGCCCUUAUCUCAUACGCAAACAGAAGAAAGACAAGAAGUUAGACAAUGGAAUGCAAAGAGAGAUGAGAUCGCAGAACAAAUGUGGAAUGAAUUUCUUAUUAGGAACUAG